CGAGAGCACACACGGUAACAAAGUUCGCGAGAUGGGCCUAAACGGGAACUACCUGGUCAGUCUUCUACUCUGUAUUUUCGUGGUCAACGAAGUACGGCUACCACUGGUGACAUGUCAGAACGAAGACAGCGCGCAGUGUAUGCCAAAGUCAGCUUUCCUUGCCCUGUUACAUCACCCGGAAGUUAGUUCAAAUCUGGACGCCUACUAUAGUCUAAUCAUGAGAAAUUACGACAAGUCACACCUGAGAGCUUUAAUCGAGGGAAGCGACGAUCAUGAACUGUGUAUACCUAGUCACGUUUAUCUGCAACUGCUGAAGGACCCAGUGGUGCGGAGCGAUCUCAGCGCCAUUCUCAACGGCAGAUCACAGAAGCUACCCGAGAUUGUCGGACGCCUGCUCGACGACAGUGACGAGAUGGACGAGAGAGAGCCCCAGCCUGAAGCUCAGAAGAGAAGCAUCGCGAUAUUAGCUAAGAACGACGAUUUACCGAUCAGCAUCUACGAUCGUAUGGUGGAUAUUGAAAACGACGAGGAAAAGAGGGCUGUCCUGUCAAGCGAGCAGAGAGGUCAGAACGACGAGGUAUCCCGAGACUAUUUUCUACCUAGUGGUCGCUCAGAAUUGCAAGGCUUACGGGAUUUCUCAUUGGAGAAGCGAAACGUCGGAACUCUGGCUAGGGAUUUCGCUUUACCACCUGGCAGACGUAACAUUGCAUCCCUGCUUCGCGAUUACGACCCGAGCAAGGGUAACAGGGACCGUGUGACUCUUUCUGGAAAGAGGAACGUCGCGUCCCUGGCUAGGACGUAUGCUCUACCUCAAAGCGGAAAGAGAAACGUAGCAUCCGUGGCCAGAAGCAGUGGAUUGCCUUAUGGAAAACGAUACGUCGGUGCUUUGGCCAGGUCGGGAGAGUUCCCCAUCCGUGAUCAGAGAAGUGUCUCGUCUUUGGCUAGAAAUUCCGCUUGGCCUGUGACGCUGAAGAGAGGGGUCCUGCUGCCAGGCAGCGUGAUCUUGAAGGCUCUCUCGCGUCAUGGUAGGUCGUUGUCAGACGAGAUAAACGCGAGGAACGAUCUACUGGAUCUUCAGGAGCUGAGCAACCUUGAACAGGGUGACGAUUACGAGGAUGAGAAGCUGAGCGAUACAUUGGCGAAUUUUGAAUCGAAUGUCAGGAGACCUAAGAGACAGAUUGGAUUCUCCGACGAGUAUCCCCUGCCUGUGAUGCAGAAUACGAACGCUUAUGAUUAUGAGGAGAUGAUGGAUACUGUACUCAAUGGACAGUACCCGAACACUGAGAAGAGGUUCAUGGAAACAGGUUCUGCACCGGAGAUGCAGCCGGAGGUAGGCCAAUUCGGCUACCCGGAAACGUUUCAAGCGAGUAAGAGGCACAUCGGGGCCCUGGCACGUCUUGGUUGGCUUUCAUCUUUCAGGGCUUCUCGAUUUUCGCGAUCGCCUCGGUAUUUAGUUGGCAGGGAGGAUUCCGUACAUGGGACCUCGUCCGACUACACCUCCGACUCGACGACAAGGUCGCUAAGACCUAACUUUAAUCCAAGGGUACGCUACGUUCGAGCCAUGCACGGGGAUUGUCGACACGGCUUCAAAGGGUUUCCCCGUUUAUCGACUACAGAUAAUUAUUUCCACCAGAAACUUCCUAGCUCGUUGCGAUCCAAAUCGUUAUAA